GUUCACGCAUGUGCUUUCGAAAAACAAUGUCUCCCCUUUUGUACAUCGUAUGAAUAGGUUGGCAUACGAAAUGAUGGAUUAUUAAUUUAGUGUAUGCUGUGUGGCAUUGAAUUUUAGAAAAAUUUUACAAGCCUGGUUUGAUAUUUUAUAUGUAUAACGUCGAGGAAAGUAUAUUUUAGUAACUAUUUUUCACAUCUCGCCGUUGAGUGGUGUCUUACAAAAUGAAACAAAUUCUGUGUGGCAAAAUAGGGGAUAGCAUUUUGCUGAUCUCAAAGUCAUCCAGAUAUCCACUGUCCAUAAUCAGUACAAGAAAAUUAAUGUCAUAUGGAAUGAGCAGAAUCUAUCGACCAUUAUUAGCCUCACCCCAUGUACGAUAUUUUGGAAACCCUAAUCGUGCAUACGCAAUGUUUAUUGGAAGAAUUUUGAGGGGUGCUUUAAAAAUUCGAUAUUUAUUAUUGGGUGGUGCAGUUGGUGGAGGAGUAACAUUACAAAAGAAAUAUGAACAAUGGAAAGAAGUUUUACCUGAUAUGAGUUGGUUAGAUGAUUUUCUUCCCCAAAAUAAAGAGUGGCAAAAUUUUCGUGGAACGCUAAUGACUGUUAAGGACUCUAUAGCAAAUAACAUAGAGAUUGAUCCACGUAUAAAGCAGUAUGGGGAAGCUAAGUAUAGAGAAUACAGAAACUGGUUUAAUCAGAGAUUGGAUGAUGCUAUCCAAGCAGCCAACGAUAAUGGAGAUGAUACAAGUGCAGCAGUAUCAUCAAAGAGUAUACUUUACGGUAUCACAGCAAUAGUAAAGCAACUUCACUCAGAAACGAAGGAUCAAUUUUUGAAUCGUACAGUAGCAUUCGCUAAGCCAUUAAUUGAUGAUAAUAUUGAAGAGGAACGUAAGAAAGCUCAAAACUCGCAAGAAAGAUUGAACGCUAUGCAAGAAGAAAUUAUGCAAAUGCAACUGAAAUAUCAACGUGAACUUGAAAGAUUAGAAAAAGAAAAUAAAGAGCUUCGAAAGCAGAUGCUUUUACGUGGUAAUCAGAAACUAAAAAACAGGAAAAUAAAAAAAUCUUUGAUAGACAUGUACAGUGACGUUCUAGAUGAACUUAGCGAUUACGAUAGUGCUUAUUCCACUGCAGAUCAUUUACCAAGAGUAGUAGUCGUUGGUGAUCAGAGUUCUGGUAAAACUUCGGUCCUAGAAAUGAUUGCUCAGGCAAGAAUAUUUCCUAGAGGAGGUGGUGAGAUGAUGACAAGAGCCCCAGUGAAAGUCACUUUAAGCGAAGGACCUUACCACAUAGCUCAAUUUAAAGACAGUUCCAGAGAGUUUGAUCUAUCGAAAGAAUCGGAAUUGGCUGAUUUGAGACGCGAAGUAGAGCUGCGCAUGAAGAAUAGUGUUAAAGAUGGAAAAACAGUCAGUCAGGAUGUUAUUGCAAUGACGGUGAAAGGACCAGGUCUUCAGCGAAUGGUUUUGGUUGAUUUGCCUGGAAUAAUUAGUACAGUUACAAUUGAUAUGGCAGAAGAUACUCGAGAUGCUAUUCGACAGAUGUCUCAGCAAUACAUGAGUAACCCAAACGCGAUUAUUCUUUGUAUCCAAGACGGUUCUGUGGAUGCUGAAAGAAGCAAUGUCACAGAUCUUGUCGCACACAUGGAUCCUUCAGGAAAACGGACUAUUUUUGUUUUGACAAAGGUAGACUUAGCAGAGAAAAAUUUGGCCGAUCCGGAUCGUUUACGUAAAAUACUAUCUGGUAAAUUAUUUCCUAUGAAAGCAUUAGGCUACUUCGCUGUGGUCACUGGUCGUGGAAGACAGGAUGACAGCAUAGAAACGAUUAGAGACUAUGAAGAAAAAUUCUUUCGAAAUUCGAAGUUGUUCAAGGAUGGUUUAGCGAUGUCUGGACAGGUGACUACAAGAAAUCUGAGUCUCGCAGUCGCAGAAUGUUUUUGGAAAAUGGUUCGUGAAACAGUGGAGCAGCAGGCUGAUGCAUUUAAAGCCACGAGAUAUAAUCUUGAAACGGAAUGGAAAAAUAAUUUCCCAAGGCUGAGGGAAUUAGACCGAGACGAACUCUUUGAAAAAGCACGAGGCGAGAUACUGGACGAAAUUGUAAACCUAUCUCAGAUUUCACCGAGACAUUGGGACGAACUACUAACGAUUAAAAUAUGGGAUAAAGUUAGUACGCACGUGUUCGAAAAUAUCUAUUUGCCGGCCGCUCAAACUGGAAACUUAGGUACAUUCAAUACGACCGUUGACAUAAAACUUCGACAGUGGACUGAGCAACAAUUGCCAUCUAAGAGUGUUGAGAGUGGCUGGGAAUGUUUGCAACACGAAUUCCAGCAUUUAAUAAAUGAAGCGAAGUUGAAACCCAACCACGAUAAGAUAUUCGACAAUUUGAAGAACGCAGUGAUCAAUGAGGCGAUGAGACGAUAUUCCUGGGAAGAGAAAGCGUGUGAAAUGUUACGGGUCAUACAACUGAACGUCUUGGAAGACAGAAACGUGAAUGACAAAAGAGAUUGGGACCAGGCAGUGCGUUUUUUGGAGACGUCUAUUCGGGAUAGAUUGCAAGCAACUGAACAGGUUUUGCGAGAAAUGUUAGGACCUGGCCGUACAGAGCGUUGGCUUUAUUGGCAGAGUCAAACCGAAGAACAACAGAAACGUUUGUCGGUGAAGAAUGAGUUAGAUCAAAUUCUGUACGUGGACAAAAGGCACGCAUCCACUCUCACGCAGGAUGAGCUUACAACAAUCAGAAAGAAUUUGCAACGCAAUGGCCUACAGAUUAAUAAUAAAUUUAUUCAGGAAACAUGGCAUCCUGUUUACAGAAGGUUCUUCUUGCAGCAGAGUCUGGCCAAAGCGUACGAUUGUAGAAAAGCAUAUUAUCUAUACCACACCGGACACGAGCAAGAAGUGGAGUGUCACGGCGUGGUGUUGUUCUGCAGAAUUCAGCAGAUGCUGAAAGUCACUGCCAAUGCACUACGACAACAGAUCAUUAACCGUGAAACUCGUAGACUUCAUAAAGAAUUAAAAGAGGUGCUGGAGGACUAUAGUCAGGAUAAUAGUAUAAAGAAGCAAUUGUUGACUAGUAGAAGAGUCACAUUAGCCGAAGAACUCAAACGUGUCAGACAAAUUCAAGAGAAGUUGGAGGAAUUCAUUCAGGCGCUGAAUAAAGAGAAAUGAAGAGAAUGAUUUGGAGAUGUAGAUAUUCGAAACCAGAUCCAUAUGGUAUGUGAUAAAUGAUAACAGCCCUGGUGGUUGAAGCGCGAAUGCUUAGAUAUUAAAUACAUCUUGUUACUGAACGAUGGAGUAUCGGUAUAGAAUAACCACUAGUCGUCAGUUUUUAUGAGAUAUUCUGUAUCCGAGGGACAUCGUUUCAUAUGCAUCCCAUUCUCAAUAUUUAAAUGAUUUAAAAAUUAUAUAUUCGUUCGACAAAGGUUCUCUCGUGAGAAAAGCUGAUGCUGAUCGUACCGAAAUAAUGGUAAACAUUUCUAAAGUAACGCAUAAUAUACGUAUUAUACAGCGCACAUGUAUAAUAGCAUGUCGAGUGUAAAUAGUAGUCCUCACACAUCUGACAGACAAUUAAUGUGAAAACAAUAGCGGUCAAUUUGCAUUUUGUACAUAUUGUUUCUAUGCAUACAUGGAAUGAAUGGAACAAACGUUGUACGGAUAGGAAAUCUAUUGAAAUAAAGGAAUGGAACAGAUAAUUAA